AUGAUUCCUCCGUUCGAAACAACCUUCGCUGUUCCUCUCAGCUGUGAAUCGUGCAUCAAAGACGUGUCAACGUCCUUGUACAAGCUUNNCCCGAAUGUUUCCGCCGACCUCCCAAACCAGCUCAUCUCGGUGAACGGUACAGCCGCCCCUUCAGCCAUCGUCGCCGCUAUCCAGGACACUGGUCGCGAUGCCAUCCUCCGAGGCUCGGGCAAGUCUGAAAGUGCCGCCGUCUGCAUCCUCGAAACACACUCAUCUUCCGUCCAGGAUCAAGUGCGUGGCCUCAUUCGCAUGGUUCAGGUCGCUUCAAACAUGACCAUCAUUGAUCUCUCCAUUCGUGGUCUCUCUCCUGGUACAUAUCACGCGACCGUCCGUGAAACUGGCGACAUCUCGCGCGGCGCUGAAAACACUGGUGCUAUCUGGGAUAUGCUACGUGCCAAAGAAGAGGGUAAGCCUCAAUCUGCUAGAGGUCUCUUCGGUACUGUUGAGGUAAACAAGAGUGGCAUUGCUUCCGUCUUCCUGGACAAGCCCAUCCAGAUCUGGGAGAUGAUUGGUCGCAGCAUAGUCGUUUCCAAACGACAAGACAGCAAAUUCGACAAAGAGGACCCUGACACUCUUGUCGGUGUCAUUGCCAGAAGCGCCGGCGUCUGGGACAAUGACAAGACUGUCUGCUCGUGCUCGGGCAAGACUGUCUGGGAAGAGAGGACGGAGCAAGUCGGAAAGGGCAUGCUCUAA